GCGCCUCGGCCACACUGUACUGCAUACACGAAAAUAAAAAUUUUUUUUUGACAAAAUCGUGCAUGUUUUCGCUCGCAAUCCGUAUGCACAACGCAGGCCGCGCGAGCCCUAGCUAGCUAGACCGCCGCCCCACCCGUCCCACGAAACGCAGCGCAUCGCAUCCCGCGAGCAGCGCUCCCACUUGUGUGUUUGUUAUGAAUAUACCGAAGGUGACAACAUCGCUUGGUGCCGCCGAAAAGGCGAAACCCGAACGUGUGGCAUCCGCCGCGGUCGCAGCCGCAGCAGCAGCAGCCUUCAAUGCGGUCAGCCUGCAGAAGCGCAGUGGCGUGGAUGACCCAUCGGCCAGCGCUGCUGGGGAGGAUCCCUCGCGCAAGAAGGCUAAGACAGAGCUGCUCCUCGGAGCGCCCACCAGUUUGUCCAGUUUGCCCGCCAAAGCGACGCAGCAGCUCCUCUUUCAGCGGGGUAAGGCGCAGGUCAAAGAUGCACCGGAUCCAUCGGAUGAUGUGUCCUGGGAAGCCCGUGACUCCACCGGCCAGCAGAUUAUAGUGUGCAACUUUGGCUCCACCGCCACCGAAAUCAAGGCGGAGGAUGCGGACAAGCAGACCUUUGCCAGCUUUACCAAAAAGGAGGGCGCCUCUUCGUCGGCCUCGUCCUCCUCCUCCACCGCCUCCAUUAUCUCCAUUGAGCCCAGCGGCUCCUCGGUCCAAGAGCAGCAGGCUGACCAUAAUCCCGGCAAGGCGGAGGACCUCGACUACGUGCUGAUGCCAGCCGCCGGGGCAACGGAGAGCAGUACCAGUAGCAGUACCGUGGGUGGAACCACCACAUCCACCAUCAUUCUGAACACCAACAAUGGGGCCACAGGAGUCAGCAGCAGCGGAGCCGGGGGCACCACAACCACCACCGCCACGAUUCUCACCCAGAAGCAGCCCGGCCACACCAACUAUAACAUCUUCAACACCAGCACGACGGCCACGGGCAGCCAAACGCCCACCACCACGCUGCUCAAUCGGGUGAAUCUGCACGCCAAGAUGAAGACCCAGCUGGUGGUGAACGCCAAGAAGCUGACGGAGGUCACGCAAACGACGGCCAAGGUGUCCAUUGGCAACAAGACGAUAUCGGUGCCGCUGCUCAAGCCGCUGAUGAGCGCCAGUGGGGCGGCCACCGCCGGCGGAGCCACGAUUGUGGAGGGCAAGCAGUUGCAGCUGCAGGCGGGUGGCCAGGUUACCACCUUGCAGCCGGGCGGAGCAGUUCAGCAGGUGCACCAUCAGCACGUGCAUCCGCACACGCAUCCGCAUGCCCAUCACAACUUCACCAAGCUGAUCAAGCGGGUGCCCAAGAACCCGGGCACCAUUGUCUCGUUCUCGGGGCUGCAGAUCAAGCCGGCGACCACCAAGAUCGUGGCCACCAAAGUGGUCAGCAAGAAGAUGUCGCUGCAGCUGCAGCAGCACCAGCAGCAGCUCCAACAGCAGCAGCAGCAGCUUCAGCAACUGCAGGUGACGAGCGGUGGCUUGGCCCCGCCCACUGGCAGCAUUGUGACCAUCACCACCACCAAUCCCAGCCAGACAUACGCCAUGGUCCAGGAUGCCACGGGCGCAGUAGCAUCUCAUUCGAAGGAAGAAGAUGCUCCGCCUCGGAAGAUCACCUACACGGAGAACCUGCAAAAGAUCCUGAACAAGAGCAAGUCCCAGGACGACGAGUUUGCCAACAUCAACAGCGUGGUGAUCAAGCCGCUGGACAAGAGCACCACCCUUAACUGCCCGCCCAGCUUCAAUAUCUUCAAGCAGCAGGCAACCCAAAACCAAACCAACUCCUCCGUGGGCAGUGGAGCCCAGUGCACCCCAGUGACCUUAACCAUGACGCCGGCCUCGGGCAGUAACUCCUCGGAUCUGGCCACCACCGCCUCCCAGUCCACCGUCUCCGUCUCUGCGGGCACCAUCUGCAUCAAUAGUCCGAUGAUGGGCUCGCGGCCCAUCAUAUCCAUUCAGAACAAGAACAUAUCCCUGGUGCUCUCGAAGACGACGAUGGCCCAGCAGAAGCCCAAAAUGAUCACUACCACCACGCUGGCCAGCCAGUCGGCGCUGCAGAUGCAUCAUGCUUUGGUCCAGGACUCGAAUGCGAAUGCGGAAAAAGCGGACAGAGCCACUUCUGGAUCAGCAGUGGCGGGAUCCAUGCAGCUCAAGCUGACCACAGUGGCCGCCUCCACGCCAGCCAAACUCAGUGUCAGUCUGGCCACCGAAGCGGCCAAGCUGGAGGAGAUUGCCGGCGAGCCAAAGGCCAAGGUGUUGCUCAAACAGGAGACGACCGUGAAGGAUGCAACUGGCACUGGAACUGGAGCUUCGUCAAGCGAACAGCAGGAGCGGAGCGAGGAGAUAGGCACCCCGGAGAAGCGCUUAAAUGCCAAUACCACAUUGACGCCCAUUAGCCAGGUGCAGAAUCAGAACCAGAAUCAGAACCAGAACCAGGUGGCCACGGCCACUGCUACUCCUACCUCAACUGCCUCCAAUCCCAGCACGCCCACUGCUCCAGCCAGUGCUGUGGCCACGGCCACGGCCACGCCCACUCAACGCUCGGGCACGGAGGAUUCGAAUAAUGCCCUGCUGAAGCAGCUGCUCCAGAACAGCAGCAGCAGCAGCCACGGCCACGGGCUCAAUGCCAAUCCCAUUAGCAUACCCUCGACGGCACCGCUCUCCGCCAGGAAGGUGAUCAAUGUGCGGGCACCCAGCAUGGGACUGGUCAGCAGUCUGGAGGCGCAACUGGCGCGUCCAGUGAUUCCGCCAGUGCCAGCGGCCACCCAAGCGGCGGGCGGUAGUAGUAGUGGCGGAUCCGUGGCCACCUCCACCGUUACCACAACGGUGGCCAGUGGCGGAGGCAGUGGCCAGCAACAACAACAGGUGGUGGUCACCACUGCCUCGGAACGAACUGGUACUCCGGUCACAGCAGUCGUGGCCAUCUCCUCCGCAACUGAACCCAAGCUGGAGCAGCAGAAGACGGAGCAGCCGUUGGUGGUGGCCACCUCACAGCCACCAGCACCUCCUCCUCCUACGCAGCAGCAGCAACAGCAACAGCAACAGGCUCCUCCGCAACAGCAACAGCUCCAACUGACACCCCACCAAGUCAAGCAGACGGUGCAGAUAGUGUCCAAGGAGACAUCCUUUAUCUCGGGACCCAUCGUGGCGACCAACACUAAAGUGCCGCAGGAAGCCACUGUCAAACAGCCUGGCGAGCUGCUGCCGCCGCCUCCGUACGAACUGGCCACCGCUCCCAUCUCGAAUGUGACCAUAUCCAUAUCCACCAAGCAGCCAGUGCCGCCCAAGGAGCUGCUGCAGAUGAAGCCCACCAAGGCGGUGGCCAUGUCGCUGCCCAUGGAGCAGGGCGAGGAAUCCCAGCCAGAGCAGGCGGAACAGCAGCAGCAGCAGCCAGCGCCACAUCAACCGGAACGACAGGGAGGAGCAACCGUAGCGGGAGGAUUAUCAUCACAAACUGGUGCAGCCAUAUGGAGCAAUAGCAAUCAUGUGGAGGCCAAGAUACCUUUUAAGCCGGGCGAGGCCCAGAAACGCAAGCUGCCCAUGCAUCCGCAGUUGGACGAGAAGCAGCUCCAGCUCCAGACGCAGCAGCAGCAACAGGUGGAGAUGCCGAUGCCCAUCAGUGGUGCCUCCCUGCCAGCCGGACAAACUGCAACCACCGGCGGACAAACUGGUCCCGAAAAGGUACAGCUCAUUUCGGCCAUUGCCAAUUAUGUGAAGAAAUCUGGCGAGGCACAGCAGCCCAUUCAGAGUCAGAUUCAGAGUCAGAUUCAGAGUCAGAGUCAGAACCAAAGCCAGGGCCAGGUGCAGAUGCAGGCGCAGAUGCAGGCGGCCAUGCAGGGUCAACUAGCUGGACAGAUGACUGGACAAAUCGCUGGACACAUGUCCGGCCAGCAGAUGCAUUUGCAAAUGCAGCAGCAGCAUCAGCUCCAUGUGGCAGUGCAUCCCCAGCAUCAGCAGCAGCAGCAGGCUCCGGCUCAUCCGAUACCCAUGCCUGGACAAGGAGCAGGACCCAUCCCCGUAGCAUCCACCACCAACACCACCACCAGCAUGGAACCCAAGGCGGGGGACCAAAGAAAGCGACGCAAGCGGGACGUACAGAAGCCAAGGCGCACCAAUCUGAAUGCCGGACCGGCAGGAGCUCUCAAGGAUCUGACAGGUACGCUACCAGCAGGUGCCAUGGUCCAGCUGGCCGGCAUGGCCCCGGGCACGCAGUACAUCCAGGGAUCGCAGCCGGGCACUGGUCAUGUGAUCACCAGCACUGGUGGACAAGGAGGAGAAGGGAGAGGAGGAGGAGGAGGCGUUAGCCUGGGUGGGGCAGGUGCCUCGCCCAUGCUCAAGAAGCGAGUGCGCAAGUUCUCCAAGGUCGAAGAGGAUCACGAUGCAUUUACCGAGAAGCUGCUGACCCACAUACGCCAGAUGCAGCCGCUCCAGGUGCUGGAGCCGCACCUGAAUCGCAACUUUCACUUUCUGAUCGGCAGCAAUGAGGCGGCCGCUUCGAGUGGAGGCACAGUAUCCUCGGCCAGCGGAUCCUCCUCCUCCUCCUCAUCAGCAGGAGGAGGUGGUGGUGGUGGCAAGCUCAAGGGCGGAGGAUCUCUGGGUGGAUCUCGGGGCUGGCCGCUUAGCAAGCAUUUGGAGGGACUGGAGGACUGUGAUGGCGCCAUUCUGGGUCGCUUUGGACGGGUGCGUCUGCCGGGGAUUCCCUCGCUAUACGACAGCGAACGCUUUGGUGGCAGUGGAGGAUUGAUGGGAGGAUCUGCCACCCGUUCGCCCUCACCCGCGUCCGUGUCCCUGGAAACAGAGAAGGCAGCGCUGCCCAUGUCCAGCAUCCAGAACGAUUUCUACGACCAGGAGUUCUCCACGCACAUGGAGCGUAAUCCGCGCGAGCGCCUGCUGCGACACAUUGGCGCCGUCAAGGACUGCAAUCUGGAGACCAUAGAACUGGUGGAGAGCGAGGGCGUGGCUGCGUGGGCGGCCCUGCCCCGGAUCACCCGCUAUCCGGGAUUGAUACUGCUCAAUGGGAAUAGUCGUUGCCAUGGGCGGAUGUCGCCGGUGGCCCUGCCGGAGGAUCCGCUGACCAUGCGGGUCCCAGUGUCGCCGCUGCUUCGCUCCUGCAGCGAGGAGCUGCGCAAGGCACAGCAGUUGGAACUGGGAACGGGAACUGGAAUGGGAACUGGAAUGGGAGCCCUGAACAACAAUAACUACCAGCAGAAGAACCAGAAUGUGAUACUCGCACUGCCCGCCUCAUCCUCGGAGAAUAUAGCCGGCGUGCUGCGGGACCUGGCCAAUCUGCUGCACCUGGCACCUGCCCUCACCUGCAAGAUCAUCGAGGACAAGAUGGGCGACAAGCUGGAGAAGCUGCAGUCACUGGACCAGGAUCACGACGAAAAGCAGGACUUUAAGCGACCCUCAGCCGCCGUAAGUUAUGGCCAUCUGCGGAAGAUCCUCAAUGGACGCCGCAAGCUGUGCCGCAGCUGUGGCAAUGUGGUCCAGGCCACUGGCUUGCGGAUUCCCCGGCACAGUGUGCCCGCUCUGGAGGAGCAGCUGCCCCGUUUGGCCCAACUAAUGGCCAUGCUCCCGAGGAAGUCGGCACCCCCACCGUUUGUGUACUUCUGCGAUCGCGCCUGCUUUGCCAGAUUCAAGUGGAGCGGCAAGGAGGGCCAGGCGGAGGCGGCCAGUCUGUUGCUGCAGCCGGCCGGUGGCUCCGUCUCGACCUCCGCCACCACGGGUGACUCACCCAGCAGCGCCUCCGGCACCAGCUCAUCAAUGGCGCUGGCGGAGACGACGGUGGUCAAGCAGGAACCGCCGGAGGACGAGGCUGAUGACCAGAAGCAGGGCAACGCUAUCAAUAACUCCAGCAACAGUCUCAAUCUUCCUGUGCAGCGCAAGUGCAUCGUCAAGUGCUUCAGUGCCGAUUGCUUUGCCACGGAUUCGCCGGCCAUCAAACUGGAGUUCGAGGGAGCAGGAGGAGGAGAAGCGGGAGCGGGAUCCGGAUCCGGAUCGGGAUCCGGGUCAGCUAACAAUACGGUUUGGCUAAGGGAGACGGAGGCUAGUGGACUCCAGCUGGAGGACACCAGGCAGUGUGUGUUCUGCAAUCAGCGGGGCGAUGGCCUGGCGGAUGGACCCUCGCGACUGCUCAACUUUGAUGUGGACAAAUGGGUUCACCUGAACUGUGCCCUAUGGUCCAAUGGUGUCUACGAGACCGUCUCCGGGGCACUGAUGAACUUCCAGACGGCUCUGCAGGCGGGUUUGAACCAGGCGUGCAGCUCGUGCCACCAACUGGGCGCCACCAUCAAGUGCUUCAAGUCGCGCUGCAACAGCCUGUACCACCUGCCCUGCGCCAUCCGAGAGGAGUGUGUCUUCUACAAGAACAAGUCUGUGCACUGCAGUGCCCAUGGCCAUGCCCACUCUGGUGGCGUAGCCAGCGGGGGAUCGGGGGCGGGAUCUACAGUUGGUGGCGGCGGAGGAUUGGGAGCUGGCUCCACGGCGGAGAACGAACUGGGCUCGCUGGUCGUCCAUCGGAGGGUGUUCGUGGAUCGCGACGAGAACCGGCAGGUGGCCACCGUCAUGCACUACUCGGAGCUGAGCAACCUGCUGCGCGUGGGCAACAUGACCUUCCUGAAUGUGGGUCAGCUGCUGCCCCACCAGCUGGAGGCCUUCCACACGCCCCACUACAUCUACCCCAUUGGCUACAAGGUGAGUCGCUACUACUGGUGCGUACGUCGACCGAAUCGCAGGUGUCGCUACAUCUGCAGCAUUGCGGAGGCCGGCUGCAAACCGGAGUUCCGCAUCCUGGUGCAGGACGCCGGCGACAGCAAGGAGCCGGAGCGCGAGUUCCGCGACAGCACUCCCUCGGCGGUGUGGCAGCAGAUCCUGCAGCAGAUCACGCGACUGCGCAAGGUGCACAAGUGGCUGCAGCUCUUCCCGCAGCACAUCAGCGGCGAGGAUCUGUUCGGCCUGACGGAGCCCGCGAUCGUACGCAUCUUGGAGAGCCUGCCCGGCAUCGAGACGCUCACCGACUACCGCUUCAAGUACGGCCGCAAUCCGCUGCUGGAGUUCCCGCUGGCCAUCAAUCCGUCCGGAGCGGCGCGCACGGAGCCCAAGCAGCGCCAGCUGCUCGUCUGGCGGAAGCCGCACACCCAGCGCACGGCGGGGAGCUGCAGCACCCAGCGGAUGGCCAACUCGGCGGCCAUCGCCGGCGAGGUGGCCUGUCCCUACAGCAAGCAGUUCGUCCACUCCAAGAGUUCCCAGUACAAGAAGAUGAAGCAGGAGUGGCGCAACAACGUGUAUUUGGCCAGGUCCAAGAUCCAAGGAUUGGGUCUUUAUGCCGCGCGGGACAUUGAGAAGCACACCAUGAUCAUCGAGUACAUCGGCGAGGUCAUCCGCACCGAGGUCUCCGAGAUACGCGAGAAGCAGUACGAGUCCAAGAACCGCGGCAUCUACAUGUUCCGGCUGGACGAGGACCGCGUGGUGGAUGCCACUCUGAGCGGCGGCCUGGCGCGCUACAUUAACCACUCGUGCAAUCCCAACUGCGUGACGGAGAUCGUGGAGGUGGAUCGCGAUGUGCGGAUCAUAAUAUUCGCCAAGCGGAAGAUCUAUCGCGGCGAGGAGCUAUCCUACGAUUACAAGUUCGACAUCGAGGAUGAGUCGCAUAAAAUACCUUGUGCCUGCGGAGCGCCCAACUGCCGCAAGUGGAUGAACUAGAGUCGGGAGGAGCCGGAGCCUCUGCCGGAGGAGCAGAGCAGGCGCAAGAAGCGGCGGCGUGUGCGCCGCUCCCAGUGAACCGGAAUAGGAAUAGGAACAGGAAUAGAAACAGAAACAGGAAUCGGAACAGGAAUUGUUAUAUCUGAUCAAUUAGAUAGAUUCGCUGAGCAGUUUAGACACCGUGUACAUACAUACAAUUAUAUAUAUAUAUAUAUAUCUGCAUAUAUAUAUAUAUAUAUAUAUAUAUAUGCCGAUAUGCUCCAUUGGCGAGCAUAGAGAACCCUGUAAGUUAUGUAUAUGUGCCCACUGUAGCUAAUUCGUAUCCCGUGUCCCACAAAUAUCGCUCGUAGGUGGAGAAGUGGAGGGAGAGUGGAGUGUUUCAUAGUUUAAAUUGAAUGAUUGCUAUCGUUUCUAUAUAUAUAGAGAGAAUAUAAAUGUUAAUGCUAGGACAUGACCGCUAGGCCCCCUGUAAUGUAUUUCUGACUUUUGACCUUGACCCUUGACCCCCUUGACCCCACACAGUCGCAGAGGAGCAUCUUAUUUUAUUUUUUUUUUUUGUCUUAGCACCAUCUCCACCAAAUCCACACCCAAAUCCAUCAUGAGGAAAAACAAACAGAUCCCCAACAGAUGGCCAACCCAAAACUUGACUUUAUGCGUGUGUGCCUUCUUCCCCUCUGUUUACCAUUAUAUCAUUAUUAUCAUAUUUGUAGUGGCUAUUUUUCGAUAUUCGCAUACAUGUACAACCCUUCUUUGAAUAUACAUAUACGCCAAUAAGGAUAUAUACAAAACCUAUUUUUAUUUUAUUUUAUUUAACUAGUUUUGCAAUUAACUUUAAGUACAUUUAUCCAAACUCCAAGCAACGUGUAUUUUUCAUCCCCUUAAAUAGUUAAGUAAAUUUUAUGCCACCAUUUUA